UCAUCCUUGACACGAUGCUGUACCAUGUCGCUAUUCUUUUGUUCGUUAUUACGUGAAUUGUUGCUUUGCAAUAGGUUAGUGCACCGGGAAAGCGAAAGUGUGUUGUAUAGAUUUUUGUGGGCGUUAAUGUUGAAGAUGGUGUAAAAGUUUCACUCAGUAGAAGUCUAUGAAGGUGGCAUUCCUCAUUAGAGACCCGAGUUCCUGACAGACCAGCAACAAAUAAUAUACUGAAGAUGAGUAGUUCUGAAGAGGUGUCCUGGAUCUCAUGGUUUUGUGGCUUAAGGGGCAAUGAGUUCUUCUGUGAGGUGGACGAGGAUUACAUUCAGGACAAAUUCAAUCUGACUGGCUUGAAUGAGCAGGUGCCCCAUUAUCGGCAGGCUCUAGACAUGAUACUCGACCUCGAGCCAGAUGAUGAGCUGGACGACAAUCCGAACCAGUCAGAUCUGAUCGAGCAGGCGGCGGAGAUGCUGUACGGCCUCAUACAUGCUCGGUACAUAUUGACCAAUCGGGGGAUCGGCCAGAUGAUCGAGAAAUACCAAUCUGGAGAUUUUGGCCAUUGCCCACGGGUGUACUGUGAGAGUCAACCUAUGUUGCCUAUUGGAUUGUCAGACAUACCUGGGGAGGCUAUGGUCAAGACAUACUGCCCCAAGUGCAUGGAUGUGUACACACCAAAAUCGUCACGGCACCACCACACAGACGGAGCUUAUUUUGGCACUGGUUUUCCUCAUAUGCUUUUCAUGGUGCAUCCAGAAUACCGACCAAAGCGUCCCGUUAAUCAGUUUGUUCCCCGUCUGUAUGGCUUCAAGAUUCAUCCACUUGCAUAUCAGAUCCAGCAACAGGCAGCCAGCAAUUUCAAAACCCCACUUCGUGCUAUGAAUUACAACAAUGGCAAACGCUAAUAUUGUUUGAUGUUUUGAAUGUUGUUUAGUUUUAAGAUCAACAUUUAAUAGAUGUUUCUCCUUUGUAUUUAUAGUUUAGUGUCACAUAGGCUACGUAAUUGUAGUACAUGCAUGAUGCAUUGUAUGACUGUUCCUUUGAGGGAGCUUGGCAGUUGUCUUUGUUGCUGGAAUUUCUGUGUAGGUUGUUUAUUACAUUUAGUUGUGGAUGUUUACUUCUUCAGUAACAAAUUCUUGAUUACAUGUAUUCCUCUAUGCUCUAAGUAUUUGACAUUAAAGUGGGAAAUUAGCAUUUUCUUCUCUAUGCAUCCUGUUACUUAAAACUUUCUAUACUUUAUGUGAACUCCCCAACAGUUUGCUGUCAAGAGAAAAAAUGUUUGCCUGUUUCACACAAAAAGAACAUUAGCCAUAUCAUAUGUCAAGGUGCUAGAUAUUUAUUCUGAUCAUAGUUUGUUGUAAUCAGAGAAAAUUGCUGUUAUGAUGGUAGAAUUGUUUAAUGUAGGUACAAAAAAGAUGUUUUUUACUAAUUUAACAUUUUUCAGAAUUUCUGAUAGUCACUUGUUACAUACCAUUGUUUGAAGGAUCGUGAUAUACAAACUAUGGAUGUAAUGUGGAGUACCUCACAGUUUAAAUAAGAGGGGGGUUGCACAGCAAUUUACAGUAAAAGGAGGGGAGGGGGGGGGUAGAUAUAUCAAGUUUAGAGUGUAAUUUUAAUGAUUUUUAAACUUCAUGUAUCGUCUAUAACAUAUAAAUAAAGUGACAGUAGUGUGAUUAUUCUAAUCAACAAUUACUGCUGUGUCAGUGUACAUGUAGAAGUAAUUAAUGCAUACUUAUUCCAGCCUGUUGAAAUUAUUGUCUUUUAGAAAUGGAAGCCUAGAAAAUAUUGAUCAUUGCAGUCUUUUCAGUGAAGCAGGUAAUUUAAUUAAGAUUGCGAAAUACUGGGAUGGACCGACAUUUACUGAUGGUAAAAUGCAGCUUGUAAUCUAACUGCUUUUAUGACGGGAAGGACAGAAUGGUUUCUGAUUAAAUCAGACUGCCUUAACGUAAAAGGCCUAAUAAGCUGAUGUACCGUGUUUCCCCUUUUAUAACAACUACCCCUUCGAUUUGGACCAAGAUCUCGUGAGCUCUGCCUGCAUUGCACAGUUAUUUAGAUGAGAUGUGUAUAAUAUUCACUACAUAGUGAACGGUAUGUGGAAUGAAACACAUAAUAUAGAUCAAAUGGGCUGUUAAUGUUAACUGAUCAUUUACAAUUACAAAACAGUGUGAGUUUUCACCUAACAGUCAAUAAUUUUGAUCUGGUUAGUUCAGAUUCAGUUGACAUGGAAGUGUCAACAGUUGGUUCAAAUUCAGUUGACAUGGAAGUGUCAACAGUUGGUUCAAAUUCAGUUGACAUGGAUGUGGUGGAGAUUCGAAAGCUAUUGUGUUUAAUUUUUUCACGUGUAAUUAUUCUGAAAACAUGAUGUAUUCACAGCCAUUAUGACAACUGGGAACUUAUUCAGGUAUCAUAUGCAUACAGUCACUUUUUUGAAUUUUUGGCAAGACUUAUUUAGUAUACCAAUAACUAGUUUUCAAGUGACUGCAGGCUCAUCAUCAGACAGUGUACCAUGUACAGCUAGAUGCUAUGGUCGUGGCAAUUGCGAUGCCUUGUGGAAUCACUGGCAAAUUUAUUCUGAUGAUGUACAUUUUGCAUGUUACACACACACACACACACACACACACACACACACACACACACACACACUUUUGUGAUUAGCAAAUUGUUAUUUGAAAAGUAAGAUAUUGUCUUGAAUCUGACUAUCCAAACACCAAAGUCAGUCAAUGUUGUGCAAAACUAACUUGUUACUCUCGCAUAAAUUAAUAGUAGUAUCAUCAUAACAUUACAAUAUUCUUUGUAAUGACAAAAACAUGUUUUUUGGUUUUGCAGUUUUAUUUACAGUUUACUGUUAAAAAUGUUGUGUGUCAUUAUGGUUAUCUAUUUACAAUGUAAUGGUCUGGAGAAGUAAACUGAACUGAGAUGAUUAUACAAAGACACAAUGUUUUAAUGUCACAGUGUUUAUAUAAGCCAAAGGGGACUAAGUAGAAAAACUGCAGAGCUAAUAAAAAAGGUUUUUCUUGUCUAUAUAAUAAUGAUAAAAUGUACUUGUUAAUAAAAAUUCCAUUUUGUAUUGUA